AUGCCCACCAAUUCAGAAGAUCAAGCUUCCAAUCAGGAAGGAAAGCUUCUUUUAGCCAUUAGAGCUUAUGAGACAAAGCAAUUUUCAAGCAUCUGCGAGCAGUUGUCAAGGCGUAUGAUGUUGCUCUCUCAAGCCUAUCCUACCGACUACGUGGUUGAACCACACACGCGAAUUCUCAACAAGGCAAUCGAAAGCUGA